AUGGGCAAUUCGAUCAAAGAGGAGCUCGUCGAUUCGCCGAUCUUGCGUCCAAUUCAGGAUGCCCUCGUCUUGGACAAAGAGAUCUCCCACCUCUACUCGACCACCAUACCCAACAAGAUCAAGGAAUUCAUCGAUUUCUUCUACCACAAAUUAACAGUUGGCAUUAUGAUUGGAUUUUGCCUUGGUUUUUGUGCAAUUCCCGUCACGCUAAUCUACUUCUUCAUUGAACCUCCAUUUGACAAAGCAUUCACCCAAUUUAAACAGUUAGCUUCAACCUGGACAAAGGAUGGCAAAAAGAGGAACCUGAAAAUUACCGUGAACAUAGUUUUUUCGGUGGUGAUGUUGUUCUUCUUGCGGGUGUUGAUGUUGAUUCCGCUGAUCUUGUUUGUGAUGGGGUUUGAAAAAUUGUCUGGAUUCGACGGCCUCAUAUCUUUUCCAGCUGGGUGA